AUUUUUUAGAAAUGCAAGACAAACAAUACAUAGUUCCUGACCUUACCAAUUCCAGCUUUGAAAGUAAAUGUAAAUCUAAAUAAGGGAGAGAAGAAACAGGUUUGGCAAAUAACUAAUAAAGAUGGUCCUUGGAGGAACAAAAACCAUUCUACAACUUUGUAUGAAAAUAAGAUUUAUGUUUUCGGAGGUUAUGAUGGCAAAAAGAACCAUAACGUUAUCAAAGUCUUUGACCUUGACAAUCACACUUGGUCAACACUUGAAGUCCAAGAUUAUCAGCCUAAUGGAAGAAACGGGCAUACUGCUACUCUUAUUGACGACAAAAUCUAUAUAAUAGGGGGAUGGCUCGGAUCAGGUCCUUUUGCAGCGGAUGACCUCCAUGAAUUCGAUCUCAAGUCAAGAAGAUGGAGUAAGCUUACCCCUGCUGGUGAAUCUCCAGGUCCAUGAAAUAUGCAUACAGCAGAUGCUAUUGAUAGAGAAAUAUUUGUUUUUAGAGGAGGUAAUGGGAAGGAUUACCUCAACGACCUCCAUUGCCUUGAUGUAGACCUGCUAGUUUGGAGAAAAGUUGAUGCUUCUGGAAAUUAUCCUCCUCAAAGAGCGAAUCAUUCAUCUGCAAUAAUACAAGGUCAUUUGUACAUUUUUGGAGGAUGGGAUGGUACGAAGAGGCUUAAUGAUCUUUUUGCGCUAAAUACCUCCACCCUAACUUGGACAGAGAUAAUCGUAGAUGGUGAUGCUCCUUCCCCUCGUGCAGGGAUGUCUCUCACAAAUCUGAAUGAUAAACUGCUGCUAUUUGGUGGAUCUGGACAUUCAGCCUUAUGAUAUGAUGACCUAAGAAUUUACGAUCCUCUUACUAACAAAUGGGAAGCUAUGGAUGUUGCAUCAAAAGAAGAUCCUAAUAAAUUAAAACAGCCACAGGCUAGAGCUGGUCACUCAACAACCUUAGCUGGGUCAAAACUAUACAUAAUUGGAGGUAGUUAUGGCCCAACUUACUUGCAGGACAUGUCGAUCAUCGACACAAACCCUGCACCUAAAAUUGAAGUCAAAGAGAAUAGCAAGGAUACAUUGCUGGAUAAUCUGAGAGCUAGAAUAAAUGAUCCAGAAUACUCAGAUAUUACUUUUAUUGUAGAAAAGAAAAAGUUUUAUGCCCAUAAAAUAGUUCUUUCACUCAUUAGUGAGCAUUUCCACGUAAUGUUCUCCAGUGGGAUGAUGGAUAGUAAGACCAACGAAAUAGUAAUCGAAGAUGUAAGCUAUCCAAUAUUCUACUCCAUAAUGCAUUUCUUAUACACCGGAGAAUUCGAAUUUGGUGCUGAAAUGGAAGGACAGGAACAUUCUCUAGAGCAAUUACAUGAGUUCCUUCGCUUCGCAGAUCGCUUCAUGCUGAACGACAUCAAGCUACACUGAGAGAAGAGAAUGAGUGAGAUCCUGACCUUCGAUAAUUUCGAUGAAAUCUAUGCCUAUGCGGACACAUAUAAUGCAGAAAAUCUGAUUGCGUAUUGCCAGUGGUUCAAAAACCAUAAUUCUUUCUAA